GACGGAUACUCCUCACUGCUUUUCGGGCUCCUGUAACCUCGGAGUGUCUUCUCGGACGGUGAACGCUCCGGCAACUUCAAUGCACAAAAUCCAGCAGCGACUGGAUAGCCAUGCAAAGUGGCUUUCGGCUUGCAUCCUUCCCUACUCCCCCGGUGCGUCUGAUUGGGCCACGACGUGGACUUCAGUUACAUGAAUUCCUUUGAGAACCCAAGACGGCCUAUGAGAUUGUACCAUUUACAGCAUCUCGUCCAGGGUCUACCGGCGUAUCCGUGGUGUUGACCUGGCUCCUGGAAUCGUCCCAACGGCUAACCUGCAUUUUGACACCUCUCAAGAUCCAUCUCUAAGCUGCAUCGCCCUAGUCCCGCCCUAUCCCAUCUUUGGAUUCUUCGGCCAAUGUCAGCUAAGACAUGUCGCUGGCUGGAAGCAGUCGAAUCCCCCUCCCUCAGGGUGCCUGAGUACCUAGUGACAUCAGGUAUCCCAACAUUCUAGGAGAACCCCGCUUGCUGGCCUGCGUGAUUGUUCGCGCCCCUCCAUCCUCGUGUCGGAUUUGGAUUGCUUCUGCUUCAUCAUUGGGCCCAUACUCACGAUCUAAAGGAUUCAGACGAAGUCUCUUUAAUAUGGCUGCCCCAGCAUCAGACGUCGUGGUCGAACCGGACGACUUCAAUGACAAUGACUCGUCCCUGGGAGAUGUCAGCAAUGACGGAACCUCCUCGACUGCAAGUUUGAGCAGCUCUAUUCUCGACUAUCGCAAAGAAAAUGGCCGGACCUAUCACAAGUUUCGCGAUGGGAAGUACCACUUCCCAAACGAUGAAGAGGAAAACGAGAGAUUAGAUCUUCAACACCACAUCUUUGACCUCUCUUUCGAUGGGAAACUCGGGUUGUCACCGCCUAAUGAGCCCGAAUCCAACGUUGGCCGCAUACUAGACCUGGGAACCGGAACAGGCAUCUGGGCCAUGGACUUCGGAGACGAGCAUCCCGGGGCCGAGGUCACCGGCGUCGAUCUGUCACCCACCCAACCGCAAUUUGUACCACCUAACGUCAAGUUUGAAGUCGACGACAUCGAGGACACUUGGACGUACUCAGGUCCUUUCGACUACAUCCACAGCCGGAUGAUGAACUCUAGCAUCUCAAAGUGGGAGGAGUACAUCCGCCAGUCUUAUGAAAAUCUCACGCCCGGCGGCUGGCUCGAGCUCCAGGAAUUCGGCCUACCCCUCUCUGACGACGACACCCUGAAAGAGGAGCACGCUCUCUAUCAGUCCAUGAAGCACCUUGGCGAGGCAGCAGCCAAGUCGGACCACGCCUUUGUCGACCUUGACGCGCUCAAGCCCAUGCUAGAAGCCGCCGGCUUCGUUGACGUGACGGAGCUGCGCUUCAAAUGGCCCAGCAACACAUGGCCGCGAAACGCAAAGUUCAAGGAGCUCGGCGCCUGGAAUUACGAGAACAUCACAACCGGUCUGCAAGGGUUUCUCAUGGCAGCGCUCACGCGCGGGCUGGGCUGGAAGGCGGACGAGGUGAACGUGUUGGCUGCGCAAGCAAGGAAGGAUGUCGGGGACCGGAGUAUUCAUGCAUACUGGCCUAUGAUCGUGGUGUAUGGGAGAAAGCCUGGCUCUGGUUAGAACAGCGCCAAGGACUCAAGGACGGAUUCGUCCGGGCCGGAAUCGGGGAGGAUGGGCCGGGUGGGUUCCUCCGCACGGAGCACAAUUCUCGAACACUGGGAGCCCACCCAUCCUUACCCCGAAUCGAUCCACAAUUCCCGAGCAGGCGGACGCGAGAAAAUUUUUCACGGACGAAGCCAUCGAGAUUUCGGACUCGCCGACGGAGCCAGCCCUACCCCCGCCCACACACCACACACCUAGCCAGCUCCCUCCUUAGCACUACCCAGCGCGGUUCGCUUCAACAAUCAAUAACCCGCCUUGCUAGCUCAAUCGGUAGAGCGUGAGACUCUUAAUCUCAAGGUUGCGGGUUCGACCCCCGCGUGAGGCUCAAAUCCUCACCGCGAUUGGCAAAGCCAUUCUUCGGGUUAUUCUUUUUGUAUUUCUCACAUCUACUGGCUGGCCCCUUCCAAGUUGUAUGACCUGCCCUCUCUAGCUGGGAUGAUUUUGUUUUUAUUCUUUGAUAGUGCUAGAUCCCAUGCAUCCCAUGGAAGUGAAUGGGAUGCUUGUCAUGAGAAAGAGAAAAUAUUAUGAACAAAAUCCACUUUGACAAGGACAAAAGAAGACAAUCACGAAGAGAAUCGACCAAGUCUCGCCAACUAAGGCCGUCUGGCAUU